GGGUAAAGGCGUCUGGGUGGUGGCCGCGGCCUCUGGGCUGGGAUGUACCGAGCUCCCAGUGAAGGCAGGGGAGCUGAGCCCGAGCCAUGGCCAGUACAGUGGUAGCGGUUGGAUUGACCAUUGCUGCUGCAGGAUUUGCAGGCCGUUAUGUAUUGCAAGCCAUGAAGCAUAUGGAGCCUCAAGUAAAGCAAGUUUUUCAAAGUCUACCAAAAUCUGCCUUCAGUGGCGGUUAUUACAGAGGUGGAUUUGAACCCAAAAUGACAAAACGAGAAGCAGCGUUAAUACUAGGCGUAAGCCCUACUGCCAAUAAAGGAAAAAUAAGAGAUGCACAUCGACGGAUUAUGCUCUUAAAUCACCCAGACAAAGGAGGAUCACCUUAUAUAGCAGCCAAAAUCAAUGAAGCUAAAGAUUUACUAGAAGGUCAAGCUAAAAAAUGAAGUCCACUCAAGUUACCUGGCUGUCUAUCUUCUGCCUGACCCCUGAAACGACGCCUGCGGCUACGAUUGCGUCGCUGGGGUUUUUUUUCACUAUCAUCUGCAAUUGCAAAGUUUACCAUGAACUAUUCUGACAAAAUAAAAACAGAUACAAAACUUCUUCCCUUCAAAGAUUUCAGAGGACAAAGAAACUUUUAAUUAAAUAUUAAAUGAAACACAACACACUGCUUAUAGGAAAUACACAUUUAUAACUUUUAAGCAUUUGUAAUAGAAUAAAACUGAAAUUACCCUUUGGAAAUUAAGAGUUUUAUCUCAAAAUAAACUAAACUCUCAGGCAAUUUAAGUCAUCCUUCAAGAAUAAAGCUUUCUUCUCCAAUACAGAAUGGUUUUUACCAAACUUAAUAAAAUUUGGAAAUUAAUGCCCACUCCUGAUAAUACAUACCUUCACUAAUGUCAUUUAGAGUAAUUUUCAAGAGGCAAACUGAAAGCCCAAAUUUUGGUUUAAGGACCAUAAGUAUGGUGCAGUUUAAAUUUGUAUUUAGUUAAUGGUAUCAAAGGGCACUUUAAUAAACACUUCAAAUAAUAAACAGCCUCAAACAAUCUGACAAAUCUGAGAAGUAGACAUUUAAGACUGACAAAAAGCUAUCUAGUUUAUUUUGUUUAAACCCUAAAAAAAUUCAAUUUAUGAAUUACAUGUUUUUAGGAAAAUGCUUCAUACAUUAAUAUUAUAUAAUUAUGUAUCUUUCCCCUAAGUGCUUACAUACC